UGCAGCCAGGUCUGAGCCAAUAAAACUGCGCGAAGUUAACCGGGCCCGCACUAGUUUGUCCCUGCGGUCGCCUCGUAGCCGACGCAGCGCGUCCCGAGUCCCUGCACUGCUAUGGCUACCGGUGGUGGCGUGGCCCCCAGAGAGGGGCUGCGCUACGCCGAAUACCUGCCUCCCCCCGCCCAAAGGCCGGACGCCGACAUCGACCACGCCGCGGGAAGAAGGUUGAUAGCUGUAGGACUAGGUGUUGCAGCUGUUGCAUUUGCAGGUCGCUAUGCAUUUCAGAUCUGGAAACCUCUAGAACAAGUACUCACAGCAACAGCAAGGAAGAUUUCAUCUCCUAGCUUUUCAUCCUACUAUAAAGGAGGAUUUGAGCAGAAAAUGAGCAGGCGGGAAGCUAGUCUUAUUUUAGGUGUAAGCCCAUCUGCUGGCAAGGCCAAGAUUAGAACAGCACACAAGAGAAUUAUGAUUUUGAACCAUCCAGACAAAGGUGGAUCUCCUUACUUAGCAUCCAAAAUAAACGAAGCAAAAGACUUGCUCGAAGCGUCCACCAAAAUUAACUGAUGCCGGAGGUCCAUGCCUAAGGAAAACAAAAUGCAAGACUUUAAAAGUCCCUUCACAAGAAUGUGGUCCUGUUUCAUACUGACCGAGUCUAUUCUGUCAUUAAGUGUGCAGCAAUAAAAGCCAUGCAGCCUUGUUCUUCA